GUCUCAUGGAGGAAAGUGUUAUUAUUUCAGCUCCCGUGGACUCGCCUGGCAGGACAGCAGAAGUUCCUGCAGAAUUGCUGGAGGAGACCUGGUGAAGAUCGACAGCAGAGAGGAGCAGGAGUUCCUGAUGAGAAAACUGAGAGACAAGAUGAAUGGAGACUGGUUCUGGAUCGGACUGACGGACUCAGAGACAGAAGGCAGCUGGUUGUGGGUGGACAGAUCACCUCUGGAUAAAAGUUUUUGGAUCAACGGAGAGCCCAACAAUAUGGGAAAUCCUCCUGAUGGAGAAGACUGUGCGGCUUUAAAAGUAGACAGAGCAGAUGGUGAUCUGCAGACCUGGAAUGAUUUUCCCUGCAGUUAUGCCGCCAGAAUCAUCUGUGAGAAACCUCCAGGAUCUGCUCAGAGCUCAGAACUCACAGCUCAGAACUCAGAGCUCAUAACGUCAGAGUGUGAAGUUCAUUUCAGUGUGUAAAACAAUCUCAGUCCAGGAUCCAGAAGCAGCAGCCAGGCUGCUUUCAGGAAUUUCAUGUCACAAACAGUUAAAGCUUCCUUCUAGUUUUCAGCUUUCUACAGAUUUGUAGCCUUAAUCUUUGUGUUUCUUGUCUUUUAUUCUUAGUUUAGUCAGCUCUG